CUGUUUUCUGUUUCAUCUGUGGUAAUAUGGCGGUGAACAACGGCUUAGGACGUACCGGAUGAAUGCGAGAGACCAUAACGAAGCAAUUUAGAUAUUAGAGAACUUUUCUGGACUCGCUGUCAACAACUAUGGAAAAUGCAAACAGUAUAUUGCAAACUAUUAGGAAUCACGUGACCAUUCUAACAGGACGUGAGCGAUCUGCACGCGAAAGCGAGGAGACACUUAAACAAGAUUUACAGGAAAUCGAGGACAGUAUCUACAAAUACUUCAAAGAAAUACGAGACAAGGUUGAACUUAUUGAAAGGGAGCAAAUCCGAAGUCUUCGUCAGAAAAAUGACGCUGAGGUUGCAAAAUUAGAGCAGCGACGGGCGGAGUAUCAGCGGUGUAUUGGUGCUGCCCAAAAAGCUACUGAAGAGCUUGAUAUCACAGCACUGGAAAAUAUCAAGGAUGAAAUAGAGAAGAGAAUAGCCAAACCUAAUGAGCUGGCUGUGAAAAUUUCGUUUAACCCGGUUACAAGUCCAGAAAGAGAAAUGAGAUUUGAAUGCUUCACUUUACAGCCAGGAUUUGUAGAGGUCAUCACGAUAUCUCAGGACCAAGCGAAAGAAUUGGACACAAUUAGAGAGAAAAGUGCUAGAAUCACAUCCGGCCAGGUCGCCGUGAUGGGUCAACUCGGACUUAAAUACAAAACAAUCUUCAACGGACGCACGGCAACUGACAAACGUCAUUGUUGGUUUACUGGAGCCGUCAUUUUGGGAAAUGGCAAUAUGCUCCUCGCUGAUCGAAAUAAUAACAAAAUCAAGCUGUUCUCUGACAAAUGUUCUCUUCUUUUAGAAGCGGAUACUGGCGGUGCCCCAUUUGACCUUGCCCUGAUGGAUAAUGGCGAAGUGGCAGUCACCAUCACCAAGGAGAGACGAGUAAGGUUCUUUGAACCUAACACGCUAUCGUGGUCCACCGUUUCCAUAGAUACUGACCAGAACUGUGUUGGCAUUGACUACCAGGACGGUGAACUCUUCGUCAUGUGCGAGUCUUCCUUCAAAAUGGGCAGAUGUAUCAAAGUUUACGACCAUAUGAAGGUUUAUGUGAAGAAGAUCAGUAUUUCUGACAGUAUGACCGAGCCUGUUCGAGGCUACCUCAAAGUCGCGCCCUCGUCAGGACUUCUUUAUUUUGUCAGGAAUGAGUUUAUUAGGGGCAAUUUCAUCUGCUGUUGUGAUGGACGCGGGAACAUUCUGUAUACAACUAAACUACAGUUUCGGGACGAAUCGCCCGCUUUGGCGAUUCUCUCAGAUUGUCUAGUUGUCGGUCUAGCAUCCUGGGCUGGUCUCGUUAACCAACACGGAUAACAAAGAACAUCGUCUGCUCUCAAAUAUUGACAAAACCGUGCCACCAUGCGCGAUCGGGGUUGAUGAAAGAAAACAACUUCUUAUCCUAACGCAAGCUAGUCGCUUUAUCAAUAGUACCAGCAAUAACUUUGUACGGCUUCUAAGUAUAACACGUCACCAUAAGCCACAGUAGUGUAUUUGGGGUAGUCGAGUGGCACAGUGGUAACACGCUUGCCUUUUACCUAGGCGGCUGGGGUUCGAUUCCCCGAUCGGAUGUGAAAAGGUAUGGGGCCACCUACCCGACCACGUGGGUUUUCCCUGGGUACUCCGGUUUCCUCCCACAGUAAGACCCCUCGCGCGCUUCGAUCCGGGCCAACAAGCGUGUUUAAUAUAAGUAGAUAUAACUUGUUCGCAAUUGUUGUAAAACAAAUAAAGUUUACAUUUAGUAGUGUAUGUAUAUGUACGUAAGCUUCUGAUCAAGCAAAUUCGGGCAAUUGAUUCAUUGACUUCGAGCUUCGAGGCGGCCGCAAGAUCCUGUAAACUAAAUUUUUUGAAGCAUGGAGCGUAUAUGGAUAAACCAUUUCCACCCAAAUUCCAUGGAAUUCCAAAUGCUGCUGCUGCUGCUGCUGAUGCGGUAGACAUAAUUUCAUAACAAACCAACCAAGUUAUAACCAAUAAAAACAUUUAAUAUUGCUAUCUCGCUGUCUGUAUACCAUGUACUCUGUAUUUUUUGGUCAUGUUUGUAUUUGACAGAUUGGCCGUUCAGCCAAAAGUAAUGAAAAUAGUUGAAUUGAAGUUAAGUAACUCAUGCGAACUAUAUUAUUAUAUCAACAACCGUAGUUGGAAUCUGAACGACCCACUACACAGGCAAAAUGUCUUCAUGUCCAAUUAGGUCAAAUUCAUGUCAAUUUCAGGUCAUUAUUUUUAGGUCAAAUUGACCUGAAAAGAGCAGAAUAGUCAAUCUAUGUCAAGAAAUUGACCUGAAAAUGUUACUCAUAUGAAAUUAACCUCAUUUUCAGGCCAAUAUUUUUUUCAGGUCAAAUUUACCUCAAGUCAUCUUGCCUGUGUAGUUCAUAUUCCUUUGCACAGCAUUUAAACAUUUGGUGACGUGUGACACAAG